AUGUCAGUAGCUUCAAGUUCAUUCUCUCUGGAUAAAGAAUUGGCUUACACAAAACUUGAAGAAGAAAAUGGGUAUCAAAACCUUGCUACAUCUGAAAGUACAGCAUUAUUUCAAACAUGUAUUCCUUACUUGCCUGUUGAGAUUGCAGUUGUUUGUCUGAUGUUCAAUAUUUUGAUACCAGGAUUUGGUUCAAUCCUCUGUGGUAUUGUAAACUUUUGUUGUGGUAAAAUGCAGGAGACAGUGAAGAAAGAAGACAUCCCUAUGAAGGUCUUUAUUAAUUUAUUGGUUGGUUUCAUGCAACUAAUGACAGUGACUUUCUUGUUGGUUGGUUGGUUCUGGAGUAUAGCCUGGGGAAUCAAAAUAUUGCUGUUAUCAAUUGAAAAUCAGAAAAGGAUAAAAAGGCAGAAAAUACUGAAAGAACAAAAACAAAAAUGUAAAUUUGCAUUCAAUUAUGCAGCAACUGAUGAUAAUAAUGAUGAUGAUGAAAUUCCACCAAGACUCAAAUAUUAA